AUGUCUGCGCUCUGCCCAUGGUGGUGGGGCCGUGCCGGGCCGCGGUGCCGCGCUGGUGGUUCAACGGCUCCAGCUGCCAAGGCUUCAUCUUCGGGGGCUGCGAGGGCAACGCCAACAACUUCGCCACGGAGACCGAGUGCAGGCAGCGCUGCGGCUCCCCCAGCG